AUGGAUGCUGAUAUUGUUUAUACCAAAUUCAGGGAUCAAUUUAUGUCUGACAUGGAUUUACCUAAAGGAAAUAUUACUUUCAAAUCUGCUGUUGGAAGGGCAAACCGCUCGCCCUUAAGUCCCGGUGAAAGCAGCGACGAUGCUUCCACAGAAUCCGAGUUGGAAGAAUCUUCCAGUGACCAGGCGGCCGAUUAUGAUUUAGCGAAAGAACAAGAGAGUCCUUCGGACAUAGAAACCGUCUUGAAAGCUUAUUUACAAGAUAUCCAAAGGGCGGCCGAAAAGAAGGGUGGAAAGCCUAAAAGGGAUGAUCGUGACCAUAAAACAAGACGCGAGAAAAAAGGUAGGAAAAUUAUCAAAGAUGCUAUCUACCCCGACCAAAUUAUGAAAGUACCUAGGAUAAAAUGGUUAGCCAAGACGAACAGUUUUAUCAUCCGAGUUUUGCAUAAAGCGUUGAAAUAUUAUCAGAGCGCUAGUCAAUCCAAAAGGGAUUCUUUGAUAUCGAUUCCUACACAAGAUACCAUUCAACAAAACCAAACAAUGGAACGUUUCAUACUACCAAAAUCUAAAGAAGGCAUUAUUGCUUCAACAAGAGAGAAAGCUAGAAAGAGACAGGCACUUUGUCGUAUCAAGAAAAGGAACGAGCAAAGUCCUAUUCCUACAACAUCCAACCAUCUUGAAGAUACUGGAAAUAAACAAUUUGCUUCAACAUCCAAUCAUCUUGAAGAUACUGAAAAUCAAGAACAAAUAAAUAUUUCUGCACAACAAUCAUUAGUACAAGAACAUUAUUGUGGAUUACUCAACACUAAGUGCGAUUAUUGCGAUUCUCUAAAUUUUUUAUUGGAAAAACCCACAGAUGGCAAAUUUAAGAAUUGCUGUCAUAAGGGUAAAGUUAAGAUACCAUCAAUCCGAUAUAUUCCUUUUUUACAAGACCUUUUAUCUAAUUCUAACAAUGAAUUUCAUUCAAACUUUAUGAAAUAUAUAAGAUCUUAUAAUAGUUCACUUACGUUCGCAUCCAUGGGAGCACAGAUUUCUAAUAGUUUGAACCCAGGCCCAUAUUGUUUUAGAAUUCAUGGGCAAAUUUAUCACCGAACAUCUCAUUUAUAUCCUUCCACUGGGAUGCCUCCUAAAUUUGCACAACUAUAUGUCCUUGAGACCACCCAGGCUGUUAAUGGCAGGUUACACAUGAAAGAAAAUUCUGGUUGCAAUGAGGAUCUCUUAAAAAGAUUAGAUAUUUUAAUAAGACAGAAUAACCCAUUUUCUAUUAGUUUUAAAACCUUGGGAGAAAUUGAGAAAGAAGAAAAAAAUAGGGCUAUUCAAGAAAAUCGUCCAGUUCAAAAAAUCAAUAUGAUUUUUUGUGCAGAUCGCUCAAGUGACAAGCGAAGAUAUAACAUUCCUAAUAUAGAUGAAGUAGCUAUGAUUUUUACAAAUGAUGAUGGUGAACCCCCAUUUAUCAAGGUCUAUCCUCGAGUUGAUGGUAGUGAUCUGAUAAAUAUAAAUAUAUUAAGCCCUAAUCUUGAUCCAAUGGUAUAUCCUCUAUUAUUUCCUUUUGGUGACCCUGGUUGGAAACCAGAUUUAAAGGGUGAAGAUACAGGGCGUACAAGGGCAAAUAUCUCACUACUACAGUUUAAAAUAUUUAGAUUAGCAAUUCGUGAAAAUGAAUUCAACCCAAUCCCUUUUGCUGGGAAAUUAUCACAACAAUAUAUUGUUGAUUCCUAUUUACAGGUCGAGGCGAAUAAUUUAAAUUUUAUUAGACAAAAUCAGCCAAAAUUACGAGUAGAUGAAUAUUCUGGAUUAAUGGACUACUUGGAAACAAAGUCAAACAAUAUAAUUCCCGGCAAAGCAGUAAUAUUACCAUCAUCUUUUCAAGGUUCUCAAAGAAAUAUGCGAGAACGCUAUCACGAUGCAAUGGCCAUUGUGCUCAAAUUUGGCAAACCUGAUUUGUUUAUUACUUUUACAUGCAAUCCUAAUUGGCGUGAAAUUAAGGAAAAUCUAUUUCCCGGGCAAAGUCCUACAGAUAGACCAGAUUUAAUAGCCCGUGUUUUUAAAUUGAAAUUAAAUGAAUUAUUGUUCGAUAUAAAUAAAAAAAAUUUAUUUGGUAAAUCUAUGGCUUUUAUAUAUACAAUCGAGUUCCAAAAAAGAGGUUUGCCUCAUGCCCAUAUACUUAUUAUUUUAAACGAUGAUAGCAAAAUUGAAACAUCUCAAGCUAUAGAUAAAUUUGUUUGUGCCGAAAUGCCAGAUAAAAUUCUCGAUCCUAAACUUUUUCAGAUUGUUACCCAUUUUAUGAUACAUGGUCCUUGCGGGAUAUUUAACCCCAAAUCGCCUUGCAUGGAAAAUGGCAUAUGUACCAAAAAAUUUCCGAAGGAUUUUCAAAUGGAAACAAGACCAAAUAUUGAUGGGUAUCCAUAUUAUAAAAGGCGAGAUAAUGGUAUUACAAUUCUUUCCGGUAAACCUACGGAUAAUCGUUAUGUUAUUCCAUAUAAUCGAUAUCUAAUGUUAAAAUUCAAUGCUCAUAUUAACGUGGAAAUUUGUACAUCUGUUAAAUCGGUAAAAUAUAUCUUUAAGUAUAUUUACAAGGGCUAUGACUGUACUAAUGUUGACAUUAAUGUUGCUUCAAAUAUAAAUAUUCAUGACGAAAUUAAAUCACACUUAAAUGCGCGAUAUGUGAGUGCAUGUGAAUCAAUGUGGAGAUUAUUAGAAAAUAAUAUGCAUGACCGCUCGCACGCUGUUAUUCGCUUAGGAAUUCAUUUACCUUUACAACAGCCAGUAUAUUUCACUGCUGGACAUGAAAGAGAUGCUUUAUUGAGAUCAGAAAAUAAACAUACUACUUUAACGGCAUGGUUUGAGUUAAAUAAGACAGAUCUAAAUGCUAGACAAUAUCUUUAUGGGGAAAUACCUUAUCAUUAUGUGUUUACAAAUUACCAUUUGAAACUAAGAAAAAAACGAUUAAAUGUAAUUUCGAGAAUGUAUUCCCUUCAUCCUAAUUCUGGUGAACGAUUCUUCCUUCGAUUAUUAUUACUUCAUGUUUGCGGGGCUACAAGUUUUGAUUAUUUAAAAACUAUUAAUGGAAUUUUAAUGAGUACUUUUAAAGAGGCAGCUAUUAAAGAAAUUUGUUAUCAGAUGAUAAAGAGUGGGAAUCAUGCUUAG